AUGAGAGUGAGAGACGAAUCCUAUGUAUCCUCCACUGUCAUCAACGAUACUAAUGGAGAAGCUCUACACAAACAGAAGGAAAUUAUAAAGAGAUGUGAAGAAUAUUUUCAAGAGCUACUAAACCCACCAGGAGUACAGGCACAAAACACACAGUACCCCUUCACUGUCAACUACCCAGAGCACUCAGAACGUACCAUCCUUGAGAGUGAAGUGAAAAAAGCACUGAAGACUAGUCCAAAGAACAAGGCAGCUGGAGACGAUGGCAUCACAUCCGAAGCCACCCUUGCAUGCGGUGAAACCAGAAUACAUUGGCUUACAAUCAUCUUCCUGAAAGCCUGGAAAGAGAGAAAAGUACCAGCAGACUAG